UGGCCAUUCAAAAUGUAAAUACAUGGAUGUUAACAUAAAAUGGCAAGUAUAUUAGAAGAAAAACUCCGAGAAGCAGCUUGUCUAGGCGACACAGAAGCAGUUCAAACGCUUUUAACUCAAAACGUGAACGUAAACUCCCAAAACCCCGUGAACGGCUGGACCGCUCUGCACUGGGCUUGUAAACGAGGUAACGAAGAGAUCACGAAGAUCCUAAUCGACCAUGGAGCAAACAAGCAAAUAAAAUCCUUUAAAGGCGAAACCCCCAGCGAUCUCUGCGCUUAUCCAGGCACUUUAGAACAGCUUGGCGUACAGCAGGACGAGCUCAGCAUAAAAUUCAUCCCCAACUAUAUAAAAAAUCCCCCAUUGAACGGUCAGGUAGACAUUGGACCUAGAUUAAGGCCUAAACACACAGAUCUUUCAAGCAUGCCUACCACUUCUCUACCUACCACACAAAACGAUGAUCUCGUACUUAAAGUGAAGAUUCACGGCUCGACUGAUCCGGAUUUCAUCGAAAUUGAAAUACCCAAGUGGAAGUUGACAUAUAACAACCUGCUCAAAAUUUGCUGUGAAGAACUGGAAGUCAUGGAUUGCCAAGUGGAGCGCAUCAGGAAAUUGCCUAAUACCCGUUUGAGGAAGGACAGCGAUGUUAAGAGGUUGAAAGAAUACCAGGGUUUAGAACUGGUGUUAAAAGCCCCCGCAGCUGGUGACAAAUCAAAUAACUGUUACCAGAGCAUUUCGACUUGUAAGAAUCAAACUAUUUUGUACUGAAAUGUGUCAUAUCACGGUACUGGAAACUCGAAAAUAUCUAGAAUGAUAAUCAGCAUUGUAUAUUUUUAUCGAAUUUUUGGGCAGGUUUCGCGAUUUUCAGGAAUAAUUAUAAUGAUAAACGAGCUGAAGACAUUUUGUGAUUACUUUUUACAUGAUAGAAAUCACCAUUUCUCAUAUCCGUGCAGCUUAAUACGCUUCCUCACUUUAGUAUUAUUUUUAUUCUGAGGCUUAAGCAUUAUUUACUAGACUAAAUAAUAGCGACAGUUAUAUUCUGCCAUACUAUCUUACCGCAGUAUAAAAUAUCAACUUCUAAAUAUCUAAUUCUUUCCAUUUUAGAGGCAUAGACAAUAAUUGAUUUUAUAUUCGCAUAAUCGAUAAAAGAUAGCGUCACUGUGCCUGUCAUCUGAUCGUUAUCAGAUGUCGACUGGUUUUGUAAAACUCUAGCAGAAAUAGAAAAGCACGAAUAAAUAUUAUUUUCUUCUCGGUUUCCCUGUUUUGGACUAUCUUUUCCCCUCCUUAUAGUUUUAUUAAUAUACUUCUAAAAUUUAAAGUCGGCACGUUGCACAAACGUCUAUAGUGGCAGUCAAAACCGUUAAAACGUUUGAAGCGAACCUUGGUUCAAAAAGUGGAAACUAUUCUUAAAAAUUAUCAUUUGGAUAAAUGCACUUUUAAACU